CCUUUCUAAGGACAUGGGACGCUGGAUUCAUGCCAGUAAGGAAACUCGCCUGCAGGCUGGUGUUGGCUAUGUGAACACAUUCAACUGCAUCCGCAUGGUGUACAAGAAGGAGCGUGUGUUUGGCUUCUUCAAGGGCAUGUCCUUCCCCCUGGCCAGCAUUGCCAUCUAUAACUCAGUGGUGUUCGGGGUCUUCAGCAACACCCAACGGUUCCUCAGCCAGUACCGCUGUGGGGAACUGGAGGCUGGCCCUGGCCGAAGUCUGUCUGAUCUGCUCCUGGCUAGCAUGGUGACUGGUGUGGUCUCUGUUGGACUGGGCGGGCCUGUGGAACUCAUCAAGAUCCGACUGCAGAUGCAAACACAGCCAUUUCGAGAAGCCAGCCGUGGAUUGAAGUCCAGGGCGGUGGCAGCAUACCAGGGACCCGUGCACUGCAUUGCAACCAUUGUGCGGACGGAGGGCCUGACAGGGCUGUACCGGGGAGCCAGCGCCAUGCUGCUGAGAGACAUCCCGGGAUAUUGCUUCUACUUUAUUCCCUAUGUGCUCCUGAGCGAGUGGAUCACAUCUGAGGCCUGCACAGGGCCCAGCCCCUAUGCAGUGUGGCUGGCAGGGGGCAUUGCAGGGGCAAUUUCCUGGGGGACAGCAACUCCGAUGGAUGUCGUGAAAAGUCGAAUCCAAGCCGACGGGGUCUAUUUAAACAAAUACAGAGGAGUGGUGGACUGCAUCUCCCAGAGUUACCGGCAAGAAGGCUUUAAGGUGUUUUUCAGGGGCAUCACUGUGAAUGCUGUGCGCGGCUUCCCCAUGAGUGCGGCCAUGUUCCUCGGGUAUGAGCUCUCACUGAAGGCGCUCCGGGGCGACCACACUGUGAGAAACAAAUGAGGUAUCAGGAGAAUAUAGAAACUACAGAAAGCGCAAAGCAAGAAUUCCUGUGUUUAUCAUAAGGUCCAACUGUAGCCUGAAACCCAGAGCCGACUUUGCACAGCGCAGCUGCCUUCCUGCCUAAUGGCCCGGAACCAUGUCAGCAUCACGUGGUUUAAAUCUUCAGCUACAAAAUGGCUUCAGAAGCGAGACCUCAGAUCCGGGAGUGACUGGGCACUUGUCCUAAUUGUCACACUAGGCCACUCUUGGCCACCCUGAGGACUGGCUCUUUAAGGAGGCGGGAGGAAGUUUCUAGAGAGCCAACUCAUGGCAUUUGAGAGCGCUUUCCGAGCCAGCUGGAAGCUUUUCUUUCUGAAUGUCCUCCCUUGCAAAGGGCUGGGAAACCUGUCUCCUUAGGAAAAAACAAAACCAAAUAAAACCUUCUAAGGGCUGCAGUAGGGUUGGGGAGCAGGAAGAAACUGUCUCAAGUGGGACAGAGUGAUCCCAGCAGCGCAGUCUCUCUCUCUCUCUCUCUCUCUCUCUCUCUCUCUCUCUCUCU